ACAUGCGACAAACGACGUCGUUUUGCAAACUUUGCCCCUCCCACGUUUUCUCUCUCUCUCUCUCUCUAUCUCCCCGUCAUCACAGACGAAGACGGAGACGAUUCUCAAUAGGAAAGACGAAAGACGCAUUAGAGAAGGGAGAAUCCCGUCUCGGAGACGAUCAAAGAAUUGAUUUUACUCACUCGCCUUUUCCGUCCAAGACAAGUUUCCACGAACUUUAAUUUCUACAGAAUUUGGAAUUCUAAGCAGUCGGGAGGGGAAUUCUUUUUUGUUUUUGCUGCUGAAUUUUUAGGUUUUUUUUUUUUGGUUAAAAUCCAUUCGAUAGUUAAUUCUUGCACGUGAAAUAGAGGUUGGUCUGACGAUUGUAGAGUUUUAGGAUUUGAUCAUUAUGAAGACAGCGAUGGAGAGUUUGCAAGAUCUAAUUGAAGAAGCUAAACUUCGUGCGGUGUGGUGGAUUCUCUGUAUAUUCGUAGUAUCUUACUUCUUGACGCAUACUAGUAAAGCAAUGCUGAUGAAUAUACCAGUAGCCAUUUUCUUGGUUGCUGGACUAAGAUUGCUCUUGAAUGAGGUGGAGUUUCGAUGGAAGGUGAAAAAUGACAGACCUGUGUCUUACCUGUCACACUUAGAAAAGAAGCAGCUGUCUGUGAAUGAUUCCCGUCUUACAACUAUUCGUCCCCCACAAAAAUGGAAAAGAAAGAUAGAUUCCCCUAUUGUGGAAGCAGCAAUUGAGGAUUUUAUCAACAAGCUUUUGCAUGAUUUUGUUGUAGAUUUGUGGUAUUCUGAUAUUACUCCUGACAAAGAAGCACCAGACCUAAUACAUGAUAUAAUUAUGGAUAUUCUUGGUGAAGUAUCUGGAAGAAUGAAAGCACUAAACCUUGUCGAUUUGCUGACAAGGGAUGUUGUAGACUUGAUAGGUGAUCACCUUGAUCUCUUCAGAAGAAACCAGGCUGCAAUAGGUGUGGAUGUAAUGGGAACAUUGUCUUCUGAGCAAAGGGAUGAAAGGUUGAAACACCAUCUUUUGACCACUAAGGAGCUUCACCCUGCUUUGAUAUCUCCCGAGUGUGAGUACAAGGUUCUUCAGCGGCUCAUGAGUGGACUUUUAGCUGUAGUGAUGAGACCAAAGGAAGUACAAUGCCCUUUAGUGCGAUCCAUUGCUCGUGAACUUUUGACUUGUCUAGUAAUGCAACCUAUUAUGAAUUUUGCAAGCCCUGGGUAUAUUAAUGAGUUGAUUGAAUAUAUCGUCCUUUCCCAUAACAAUGAGGAAGUCAAGGAUGCUGCCUGUGAUCAAUCAUCUAAUGUCAGGGGUCAGAAUCGGGAAUGCACAGUUUCUGGAGAUCAUGGUCAAAGCAAUGAAUCUAACAUGAAAAAGAAUAUGCUUUCAAGCAAUGAAAGAACUAAUCUGUCUAUGGUGCUCAGUCACGAGAACCAACUAGAGCAGGUUGGCUCCCAAGAUCCCGUAUCUUGUACAGUGGAUGUACCCCUCCAUGCACGGCAUGCUGAGUGGGCAAAAGCAUUUGAGGCAGUAACCCAGAGAAGAACGGAAGUCCUUAUGCCUGAAAAUCUUGAGAACAUGUGGGCAAUAGGAAGAAAUUACAAAAAGAAAAUGCAAAAGAAGGCUGGUCCAGGAAAUCUGGCUUCUGAUGCUAUAGGUUCAGGCAGCAGCAUAUUGCCUAGAAAAACUUUGGUGGCUGAAGUACCCAAGCUGAAGCCUGAAGCUUCAAUUGGAUUACAAGACAAAGCUUGUACGCAACUACCACCGCCACCCAGACAACAGAAAACUCAAUCUGCUGAUCUCAGUUUUGAUCCUCUAAGCGGGUCCCUAGAGCUUAACAAGGAGGAGCUUUCAAAGGAAAGCUCUACUAUUCAUGAACUUGAGAACACUGCUUCUACUUCUUCACAUGAAAACAGAACCCUGAAAAGAUCAAAUAGCACUUCUGACUUGAAAGAUCAAUCAAACCCUGGAGACAUGUUUAGUUCAAGAGAAAGUACACCCAUCAUUAAUGAAUACUAUAGUGCAGAUACUAAAAAGCUUAAUGUACAAAACACUAGUAGUAACUUGGACGUGGUGUUGCGCCGUGAAGGGUAUAUUCCAAAGCUCAGAUGUCGAGUUACCGGAGCAUACUUCGAAAAACAUGGCUCAAAAUCAUUUGCAGUUUACUCAAUUGCUGUAACAGAUCCUGACAAUAACACUUGGUUUGUAAAACGGAGGUAUCGGAACUUUGAAAGAUUGCACAGACAUCUAAAGGAUAUUCCCAAUUAUACAUUACAUUUGCCUCCCAAAAGGAUAUUCUCUUCUAGUACAGAGGAUUCAUUUGUCCACCAGCGCUGUAUUCAGCUUGACAAAUAUCUUAGAGAUCUCUUGUCAAUUGCUAACGUUGCUGAACAACAUGAAGUGUGGGAUUUUCUGAGUUCCUCUUCUCAGAAUUACUCUUCCGGGAAGUCUCCUUCUGUUAUGAGGACUCUAGCAGUUAAUGUGGAUGAUGCUGUUGAUGAUAUUGUUCGCCAAUUCAAAGGGGUUUCUGAUGGCCUAAUGUGGAAAGUUGUCGGUACACCUGUUGUUUCCCCUGAGCAAUCUACGCCAGUUGUUAGCAGAAACUUAUCCUGGAAUGCAGAUGAUGCAAAUAAAAUUUCUGUGAGGCUGAAUACCUCUGAGUCAAUGAAUAGCUUCUCUGACAAUGAUGAAGGUGAUAAAGAUGUCAGUCAUGGAGAACAGGAACUAGAAGCUGAAAACCAAGAUUCAGACGAUGAAUCCAACAUAGCUGGAUUAAUGCCACCAGCUCUUAAAACUGACGAAGAUAUCAAUAAUUCUGAUGAAACCCAUACUUUGGGAUUUAGAGGAGAAUCAACUUCUGCCAGCAGAUCUCUGGAGUCAAAUCUGGCCUUAAUGUCUGUUCCUCAACAAGAUCCAACAAUGGUGCCUCCUGAGUGGACACCGCCCAAUUUAAGUGUUCCGGUCUUGAAUCUAGUUGACAAUUUAUUUCAGCUCAAGAGAAGAGGCUGGAUAAGGAGGCAGGUUUUUUGGAUAUCUAAGCAGAUAUUGCAGCUAGUCAUGGAAGAUGCAAUUGACGACUGGCUCUUGAGGCAGUUACAAUGGCUUCGUAGGGAGGAUGUUAUUGCACAAGGGAUUCUAUGGGUCAAGGAUGUGCUCUGGCCCGAAGGCACAUUCUUCUUAAGAUUGCGAGCUCAAGAACAAGAAAAUGAUUCCAAAACUGCCGGGGGAUCUCAUCAGACUACAAAGCAAUCAGGUGGAAUAAGAACAGCCCAACCAGGAUCUUUCGAGCAACAACUCGAAGCUGCUCGCAGAGCUAGUGAUGUGAAAAAGAUUAUCUUCAAUAGUGCUCCCAACACAUUGGUUAGUCUAAUCGGGCAAAAGCAGUACAGAAGGUGUGCCAGAGAUUUAUACUAUUUUCUUCAGUCCACAGUUUGCUUGAAGCAACUCGGCUAUGGAAUUCUAGAACUCGUACUGGUGUCAAUUUUCCCGGAACUACGAGAUGUGGUGAUGGAUAUCCACAAGAUGGAUCUGUCCAAUGAUAUCCACAGGAAGUAAACGAUGGUGUGUAGUGACCUGACUCUGUAUAGAACACCCAGUUUUGUACCCUUGCGACUUUCGGGGCUAUGAAUUGAAGGCCGGAUUCUUUCUUGGGGCGUCGCAGGUUAGCCGUAUUCUAUUCUUGGUGUGAAGAAUGUAUGAUAGCUCAUGUACAGUUGUCGCUGUCGAUGUCUUGGUGGCUGUUUGUUUUCAUAUUCUUGGAGUUUGUUUGUUUGUAUUGCUUCUACUCUACUCUCUAUAACCUUCCUUGAUUGAAUCUCUUAUCAAUGGAUAUCAACAAGCAUCUCCA